AUGCCGUCUCAUACGUCUUCAUCUAGUUACACGUCAACAAAUUCCAAUCGUGAUUCAAAUAGUAAAUCUCAAAAUCGUCAUCGUCGUCAUGUUCGUUUGGAAGAACAAAACAAUCAUUAUCGACGCAAUUAUCGUCCAUUUACAAUUCCAUCAUCAUUUUACAAUAUUGUACAUGUUCAUCGAUUUACUUCAAUUGAUACUAUUUCUACAUUGAUUAAUCAUUUUGAAUCAUGUUAUCGAUAUUCGAUCGACACUGAAUCUGAUCGAUUUACAAAUGAAUUAUCACUUAUUCAAGUUCAUUCUAUUCCUCAACAUCUACCAUCAUUUAUUGUAUUAUUUGAACUUAAUCAUCUUCCUUCAUCUAAUACAUUAUUAUUUGAAAAAAUUAAUUUGUUAUUUCGUUUUUUAUUUCGUUUAGGCAAUACGAUUUUUUCUUGGGGAUCGAUGAACACCGAAUUACAAUCUGUUAUUCGUAUGAAUUUAUUUACAUGGCCCUCGUUGGCAUUAUUGAUUAAUUUACAAGAUGCAUUUCCUGGUUGGUAUAGUAGGGCACAGCCUUUUUGCAAGGUUUGUUGUCCGGUUCAAUUAUUGUUUACGGUUAUGUCUUCGAAUUAUUCAUGUACUUGUUCAAAUGCUUCUCCUUAUGUUAAUCCUGGAGAAAAAUGGUCAUUACAGAACGCGAUACGGUACACGGCUAAUCUUUUUCUUGAUAAAUCAGCAACACGAAAAAAUUGGAGCAUGAUGCUCGAUCCCAAUUAUUCAUCAUUAUCAACGUAUGAACAACGCCAACGAAUCGAUUAUGCAAGUUAUGAUUGCUUUGCCGUUACGUUUUUACAUCAAGCAAUUUAUGAUAAAUGGUCAUUAAUUCAACUUCGGGAAGCAAAAUUAACCGCACUAUUUACUUCGAAUGCUCUACCUCAUUCGUCAUCAUUAUCGUCAUCAAGUUCAUUAACAACUGUUUCGGCAUAUGAAAAUGCAAUUCCAUUUUCAAGUCUAUUAGAAGACAUUUCUGAGGAUGAAGAUGAAGAAAUAUUUGUUUCAUCUAUUUCUCGUAUUAAUGGUACAAAUCCAUUAAAUAAUCUAAUUCGUCCGGUUCAAAUAGAAUUGGCUAUAGUGCCUGAUAUCGUUCCGAUCGAACCUAUACCGGUCCUUCAAACAUUAGCUACACGUGAACCACCUAAAUCACGUCACACAUGUCGGUCCUUAUCAUCACGCAUCCGCCGUAAUUAUCGCCGCAAUGUAGUUAAACGUUCAUAUCGAGAUCGACAUUGUAAUUAUCGUCUCGUUUAUCAUCGAUUCAAGCUUCAUCAGCUCAAACAUAUCCUUCGUCAACGUGAUGUUCGAUAUGUUCAUUUAAAACUUGAUAAAUCAUCCCAAGUUGUAUCAAUUGGGAUGAAACGAUCGUCUUUGGUCGAUCUAUAUUUCGCUCGUUUACCUAGCGAUUUAUUUAAUAAAAAAAAUUAUUAUCGACAUCAUCAACAUCAUCAACAUCGUCAACCUCAACAUCGUUAA